AGACAGAUUGAACCUUGUCUAUGGAGUGAGCAAAAUGAAAGCAGAAGAAAGAUGCAUUUAUUUAUGUUUAAUGCGUUUUUACUCCUGUAAUCGACUCCAAAUUAUUUUCUAAAUUCCCGAAUUUGUUUUCUGGUUUAUUUCAAAGCUUUUCGGUCUUUUUUUUUGUAUAUGUGUUUAUUUUGGUAGAGCUAACCCUGUUAGCUGGUUGUAUAGGGCUGACAGGUGACAGGUGCUGUGAUUAAAAUGGUGCAGAACGUGUUCCGGAGCGGCUUUCUGGUCCGGGUCGCACACACCCUGCUCACCUGGAUCAUAACCGUCAUUCUGUUCCUGCACAACACCAGUUUGCGGAGGUGUGAGGAGCAGGGAGAGCUGCUGCUGCCAGCUCUCUUCUUCCUGCUGGUCAUUCUCUCGGUGCUGUUAUAUUUUGCCGUCUCGCUGAUGGACCCCGGUUUUGUGCUCACCGACUCUGUUAAGGGCGCUCAGGGUCCAAAUGAAGAAAUGGAGGCGAUGAUCCCUCAGUCAUCAACCCCCCGUUUGCGGCGCUGUGGAUACUGCCUGCUGCAGCAGCAGCCAAUGAGAGCGAAGCACUGCCAGACGUGUAAACGCUGCGUGCGUCGCUUCGACCACCACUGCCCGUGGAUUGAGAACUGUGUGGGAGAGAGGAACCACCGCUGGUUCAUAAUCUACUUGCUGGUGCAGCUGCUCACCCUGCUCUGGGCUCUUCGUGUCGCUCUGUCGGGCAUUUCUCCCGCUGUUACGUGGGAGCUGUGGUUCAGGGUGAACGGCUUUCUGCUGGCAGCGCUGUGCGUAGUCGGGGUUUUCUCCGUGGUUGUGGUGGUGCUGCUGGGCUGUCACCUGUACCUGAUCUCCAUCAACUGCACCACCUGGGAGUUCAUGUCCCGUCACAGGAUUUCAUACCUGAAGACCUGCAGAGACGAGGAGAACCCGUUCGACCGCGGCGUCCUCUGCAACCUGUGGGAUUUCUUCUGCAUCUGCAGGACGGUGAUGUGGGAAAGGGUGUACCACAGAAACACCCAGAAUCCAGUCUGACCCCACAGAGGCUGGAGUCAGGCCAACCACUGACUGGUUUUGUAUUUUUACAAAGAUGAAGACAGAGGAAGGAGGAAAAGUUUGUCUUUAAUAGUUUUAGUCAGAAGGAAACUCUUCAGACUAAAGAGCAGACCCUCCCAGGAUCAAUUUCAACCACAGUUUCCUGUUCUUGGCUGCAAACUCUUGGACUUUAAUCCAAUUAAUCCAAACCUCAGAGGUGUCUGUGUGCAGUGCUGCCUUAACAGUGCAGUAUUCACUGUACCCGUAUUUACAGUCAACGUUAAAACACAUCAGUGCUGCCGUUCAGUGUUGGUGUUUUACAGUGUGAUGCACAACACUUGACGUCACAGGUUUGCAUGUGUGUGGGUUUGGGUUUGGGCGUGUUUUUCAUAUAUUUAUAAAUAAAGACAAAAAGUUACUCAGAUGCUUAAAUCCGGUCUUUAAGUCUGACGUCAUUUC